AUGGCCUUUGCCAACGUUCAGCUCGCGCACCCAUAUCAAUCUCAAAAAGCUAGAAAGAGAGAAUAUGAGGAGAAGCGAAAAAACACAUACAAAACGACGAUCGCAGAAAUUGGACAUGUCCUGGUUCAAAAAGGAUACGCAUUUAAACAAGAUCUCAAUUCGCAAGAAGACUCGAUGUUCAAAGCUAUUGAGAUUAUCACUUCGGUGAAUUUAAAGACGAAAUACCCAAGUCAAACUCGUGAGAAAACCAAAGGAAUGAAGAUGACGCGUGAAGAAAAACGGAGAGGGAACACUGAAAGAGAACAACUGAGAAGAGAUAAACAGAAAGAUGCUAUAGAUCACAUGAGAGAAAUCAUCAGAGAUAAAAAGCUCGGAACUGAAUCACAGAGAGAAAAGUUGGAGCAAGUCACAGUCCUUCAACUGAUCCUUGAUUACGUUCGCACACUACCAACCGCCGCCAUUAUUCCAAGUGUUCAAGUCAUGCCAUUCAGCUACACAGCCCCAAUUACUUUUUUCCCGGAAUCUACUAACACUCUACCGAUUUCUCAACCAAAUGACCUGUCAGCUUUUCUUCAAAUAGUUGCUCAGUCCUGUCCUUCUUCUAUUGAACUUCCAAGAUUAGAACCAAUCCCAUCAACCAUUCUGACAACACUUCAAUCACCAGUUCUGUCAAAUGCCGGAAGUUCACUGUAUUCUGAAACUUCUGGUAAUUCUACACCAGGACUUCUUCAGAUUCAAUCUGGAUCAUCCUCAGAUUCCUCUCCAGCGCCAGUUUUGAAUAAUAUGGAAACCACUAUUUCUUUGAUGUCUGAGGUUCCACUGGAUUCAACCAUUUUUGAAACGCAACUGUUCUUCCAUUACCUUGAAAGUCAGAAUAUCCUUCAAGACAUUAUAAAAAUCAUUGAGGAAAACCAAAGCGAUAAGAUAAAGCACAACUAA